AUGCCGGAAAUUCAUCAGACUCCCAAAGGCAUCCUGCUAGGAUCUCACGAAGUUUCAUCUGAUGUGCAUUGGGUGAAGCCCGUUGUACCUACCGUGCUCGGCGACCUCGACCAACUACCCGUUCCCGGAACGGAUCUGAUCUUUGCCAGCCUUGACGGAGGGUGGUUCUUCCCUGGACCUCUGGACUUCGAAAUGCUCAAAAAGGCAUUCGCCGCCACUCUCCAUGACUAUCCUCACGCUGCCGGCCGGCUUCGGUCUGACCCGAAAACUGGGAAAUGGCACAUUACCCUAACAAAUUCCGCCGUUCCUAUCACCUUCAAUCGCACCUCAGUGGACCCCAGACCUGAAGUGGAGUUCAUGCAAGAAUGGCACCCUGAUUUCCUAGACCAGCUCCCGUGGAGUUUUGCUCCCACCAGCAACAACGACGAACCACUGCUUAGAUGUAAAUACACCUAUUGGGAAGCCACAAACGAGUCAAGCUUCGCCGCGAGCUGGUGCCAUGGACUUGGCGAUGGCCUGGCGCUUUUCCAGUUUUGUGAUAAUUUGCACCACCAUUACCUCGGCCUCCAACCUCGGAUCAUGCCAACUUUCGAAAAGUAUACUGCGCAGCCGCCUACUCUCGAACGGCCUGCGUUGGUCGAAACAAUCCCACUGGUCCCUCAUCUGGCCAUUGAUUAUGCACCGGAGCACUUCUUUGCUAUGUACACGCAGAUGCUCGAUAGCACCUGUCGAGUCGAUUUACAGUUCACAAAGGAUCAGUUGCAGAAGAUGCGCGCCAUGGCAGAGAGGCACGCCAGGGUCAAGAUCAGCACGCAAGACGCUCUAGUGGCUUACUUGAUUACUGUUCUUAACCGCACAGAGAGGGUUCCGGCCAGAUGGCUCAUGAACGUCGUCAACUACCGUGGGGUGAAGGCGGCACCUGGAUUCGACUACACCCCCCCGCCCGUCACCUCUGCAGGCAACAUCACCCUCACGAGCUUUUCCGAUAAAAUCCCUGAGGAAGCCAAGCUCGAUCUCGGCUUGAUCGCUACAGUCGUCCGCGACACUGUCACCAAGGUUCGCGAUCCUGAUUACUGCCGGCGGGUCGUAGCUAUCUCCGAGGAGUUGUACACUCGCAGCUCGAACGCGAAUCGUUGCCAGUGGUGGUUUCCAUGGGAGGGCGGGGUGGCGGUCAAUAACCUGUAUCGCGCACCGGCGACCGAUUGCCAUUUCGGAUAUCCCGGCAAAGCGCGUUUCCAUUCGUACGGGUCAUUUGAGCGCUAUUUCCGUAUCUGGCCCGGUAACCCGACGAAGAACGCUCAAGGGGUUUGGGAGGCGAACAAUGGAAGUGCCCGAGUAUUUUUCCGCAUUAAGCAUCAGCUCAAAGAUAAGUUCCUGGAGACCGUAAAGGACGAUCUACGCCUUAUGAAAGAGGAAGACAUCCUGAAGGCGAAGAUAUAA